AUGAGACUGAACAGAACUAUUGAAGAUGUCGUUUGCUUUGCCAAAAAGAUCCCAGGGUUUGCCGAUUUAGACCAGGAUGAUCAAAUAAGUCUAAUCAAAGGAGGCUGUUUUGAGGUAAACGCAAGGGUUUUAUUAGACUAGUUUUAAUGUUUACACUAUAAUUUUGUGAGUGAGGAGGAAGCAUUCAAAAACUGGGAUGCAAAAAAAAACUGAACAAAACACAACCUCAUCAUUUCUUUUUUAACCUAAAGAAUCCUCUACUUCUCCAGUCAUGACAACUAACAAAUCUCCUGUGAGGAGGUGUCACUAGGAUGAUAUGGGAUGUUUAAUAAUUAUUGAUAAUAUAAUUGAAAUUGCCAUAUAGCUCAAAAGUGUAGGAAAGCACUGCUCUGGGAUAAUGAAGUCUUAGCAGUUUUUUCAAACUAGAGAUUAUUUUUCUAUUUUAAUGAUUUGAUAGGCCAGGAAUUGCAAAUAGAAUGACAUUGUCACACUUUGAGUCAAAUUACAGUUUCUUAAUUUAUUUUUUUUAAAAGUGGAAAUAUAUUAGUAUUAGUAUUUUAUUUUUUUAUAAACCAGAGUAUUUUUUUAAAAAACAUUAUUUAUUAUCAGCCAAUAACAUUAAUAACACAAAAUUUGUAACCUAGAAGUCUGUAGACUUUAGACUUUAAAUUUCUUCAAAUAUAAUAAAAUUAAUUAAGUGCAUUUAUAUUAAGUUGACCUAAUCUAGUUUGUACCGGUACUCAAUCCAAGAAAUCUAUUGUAUUUCAGGUGGCCUGUGUUGUGUGCGCGCCAUUCAUUGAUGCAGAGACCAACUCAAUCUUUCUGUUGGGAAACAGUUCCAUUGUCAUGCGGGACGAGAUGAAGCUCGGUUUCCCUUUAGGAGAACAUUUUGUCGAACUUCUCUUCAACCUCUCCAACCGUUUAAAUGCAUUUAGCCUCAGAGACUCAGAAAAAGCUUUGUUUAGCGCUCUUGUUCUCAUAUCUCCUGGUAAG